UCCUACGUACUGUACAACGUAAGUAAUUAUAAAUUAGCUUAAUAUAUUAAAACAACAAAAGUUUGUCUUAAAUAAACUCCACAAGUCAUUAGAAAGGCAACGAAUUGAAGAAUUAAGAAUAAUGAAGGCCUUAUACUCAUAUUCCAUAGCUUCUAACAUUAUACUUCUUUCAUUUCUAAUCAUAAUUUUUGCUUCCCAUGUUAAAGCUUCAUCAUCUUCAUCCAUUGAUAACUUUCUUGAAUGCCUUCCAUCCUACUCAAACUCCUCAUCAUUUCCAAUCUCUAACUCGGUCUACACUCGUAACAACCCUUCUUUCUUAAACGUUCUUCAAUCCUACAUAAGAGAUAGUAGAUUUAACACAUCAUCUACCCCAAAACCACUAGCCAUAGUCGCGGCCUUGGAUGUAACCCAUAUCCAAGCAACCGUAACAUGUGCAAAAUCAAAUGGUUUACAAAUUAGGAUUAGAAGUGGAGGACAUGAUUAUGAAGGUUUCUCAUACGUUGCAAAUGUUCCUUUUAUUGUUCUUGACAUGUUUAAUCUUCGAUCCAUUGAUAUUGACAUAGCAAGUGAGACAGCUUGGGUUCAGGCUGGAGCAACUAUUGGUGAACUUUAUUAUAAAAUUGGUAAAAAGAGUAAGAUCCAUGGUUUUCCUGCAGGGGCAUGCUUUACUCUUGGCAUUGGAGGCCAUUUUAGUGGGGGUGGCUAUGGUAACAUGUUGAGAAAAUACGGUUUAUCGAUUGAUAACAUUAUUGAUGCACAAGUUGUUGAUGCAAAUGGUAGAAUUCUCAACCGUAAAAGUAUGGGUGAAGAUCUUUUUUGGGCUAUUAGAGGUGGUGGAGGUGCUAGUUUUUGUGUCAUUUUAUCAUGGAAAAUCAAAUUAGUACGUGUGCCAAGAAUUGUUACACGUUUCGACGUUCCAAGAACUUUGGAACAAGGUGUGACAGAUAUAGUUCUUGAGUGGCAACAAGUGAGUUCUAUAAUUGAUAGGAAUCUCUUCAUUAGAAUGCAACCUAUGGUUUAUAAAUAUAAACAAGGAGGGAAUUCGAACAAGACGAUUCGAGUUUCAUUUUCAGGGCUAUAUCUUGGACGUGCCAAAUCCCUUGUUUCUUUGAUAAACAAAAGAUUUCCUCUUUUGAAAUUGCAAAGACAUGAUGUCAUUGAGAUGUCAUGGGUAGAAUCAACUGUAUCUUUUUUCAUAGGUAAUGGUAAACCUCUUGAGGUACUAUUGCAAAGAACUCCUUCACCGCCUCGUUUGUAUGGAAAACACAAGUCUGAUUUUGUGAAAACACCUAUUCCAAGGUCGGGAUUAGAGAAAAUAUGGGAAAAGAUGAUCGAGUUGGAAACUGUGUUUCUUCAAUGGAAUCCUUAUGGUGGGAGGAUGAGUGAGAUUCAAGAGAAUUCGACUGCGUUUCCUCAUAGAGAAGGAAACAUUUUUAAGAUGCAAUAUCUUACAACUUGGGAAGACGAUAGUGAUGAGGUUAUGAGUAGGAAUCUGAAAGGUAUUCGAGAUCUUCAUGCAAUGUUUACUCCGUAUGUGUCUAGGAAUCCAAGAGAGGCAUACUUGAAUUAUAGAGAUAUUGAUAUUGGGAGUAACUAGAAUGGGAGUUUAGGUUGUUUUGCGUUAAAAUAUUUUAAGGGAAAUGUGAAGAGGUUGUUGCAAGUUAAGGCCAUGGUUGAUCCAAGCAACUUCUUUAGGUAUGAGCAAAGUAUCCCAGUUUUACGUGGAUAAGAUGUUGAUGUACGUUCAAAAAGUCAAGAAGAGCUAGGGUGUUGUCAUGCAUGAAUAUAUUAGGGUGAUUGUCUUUUAAAAAAUUUAUUGUUGUUUAAAUUGGAUUAAUGUAACAAGUAACAUGUAUCGUAUAGUAUAGUAUUUUUAUUUCCAAAAUAUAAAGUUUGC